AGGUGAAAAAUAUACGAUUUUUUUGGUCUGAUUUAAAUCGUAUUAUGAAAAAAUCGCGUUUUAAAUGUUUUUAUGAAAAGUACACUAUUUUUUUCAUGACCUUUUCAGAAGGUCGCUGUUUAGAACUGUUUCCAUAAAAGUGCCGAUUUUUUUUGAAAAAAUCGCCGAUUAAACGACGAUUUGCUAACUAUGACUAGACUGAGUAAGAUUUUUUUGUUUAUGUACUUCAAUAUUUAUUUAUUAGUUUAUUGCAGAAGAUUUAAAAAUAAAUGAAAAUGUAUAUAUCUGCCUGAAUGUGUUUAUGAAGUUGGGGCUUGUAUAUUUUAGAAGGUGUUUUCAAAUUUGUGAUUGCGUUUUUUUUGGUUACUUUGAAGGGAUUUUGGCAUUAAAAAAAGGAAAAAAAAUAAGUAUACUGGUUGAAAUGUAACAGCAAAUAAGAUUCUGUUUUUUGAAUUAUCUGAUGAUUUUCUCCCUUUUUCUCUCUUUUUCUUUUUUUAUUCCCAAAAAUUAUUUUGGAAAAUGGUUUUGCAUGAUUUUCUAUAUUUUUGAAUUUUUCUUUAUUUUAGUAUUCUUAUUAAUCAUUUAAUUUCUUAGGCCAAUCCGACCGGUCUUGUCCUGUUCGGUCGGUCUGACAACAUACUACAUUAUUGGUAAUCAGCCCAUGGAGCAAAGAGUGCAAAAGUAGCAAAAAAUUGAAGAACAUUGUUUACUUUCAGCACUCUCACGGAAAUGGCAGUCUUAUUAUUGUAUUUUUAGUUCCAUGUAAAAUGUUCGCUUCAAUUUUGAAUUUAUAAUCUAAGUCUCUUUUGUUCUUUGUACAUUUGUCUUGCCGACAUUGUUACCCGAUGAAAUUACAGUUUCAAAUAGUCAGAAAUAGGCAUUGUUACCUAAUGAAAUUACAGUUUCUAAUAGUCAAAAAGAAAAUUCAGAUGAUGAUGACGAUAAUGAUUCAAGAAAGAUUAAGAAAAUUGCGGCAAGUUGAGUAGAUUCAGAGUGAGAGUGCCUCAUGAGCAUCUUCUCCAAAGCUGGAGAGCUAACCCACUAUGUCUUGGCUUUGUUAGAGAUGCACCCACCUCUCUCACCUCAACCAACUCCAUGCCUUUCUCAUUACCUUUGGCCAAGCCCACCUUCCCCUCCUCUCUUUCAAACUCCUCUGUUUUUGCAUCACCACUUUGGGUGCCGCCCACAUCAAUCACGCUCGCCUCAUUUUCGACCACAACCCUGCCCCCAGUGUCUACCACUGGACUGCCAUCAUCACCGCCUACGCUCAGCAACGGCCACCCACCUGCAAAACUGCUCUCUAUCUCUACAAGCAAAUGCAUUUCAAUUCUUUUGUCGCCAACCAAUUCACCUUCCCCUACAUCCUCAAGGCCUCUGCGCAAAUCUUCGCACUUCUGGAGACUGCACAGACCCAUGCCCACAUUGCCAAGUCCGGCCUUGACGCAUGGGCUGUUGUGAGGACUGCCUUCGUCGAUGCUUAUGCAAAGUGCGGAGUCCUUGAGGCAGCAUGUCGUGCUCUUGGGGAGAUGUGUGAGCCAAAUGUGGUGUCCUUCACGGCAUUGUUGACUGGGUUUGCGAAAUUUGGAAAGAUGGGCGACGCAUUAGUUCUUUUCUAGGAGAUGAGAGAGCGAGAUGUACGCACAUGGAAUGCGGCAAUAGCAGGGUGUGCACAAAAUGGUCUAUUCAUUGAGGCAUUGUCUCUUUUGAGCUGUAUGCUUGCAGAGAGCCACCAGCCAAAUCAUGUGACUCUGGUGUGCACGCUCUCAGCUUGUGCACAUCUCGGCACACAUACAAGCGUGGCUCUGGGGCCUCCUCCUUUGUCAGUAACGCACUUAUUGAUAUGUAUGCAAAGUGUGGCUGCUUGAAAGAGGCAUGCAAAUUGUUCGAUCGAAUGCGAGAGCGUAGUGGCACAGCUUGGAACUCCAUGAUUAAUGGCCUUGCAUUACAUGGGCACACACGUGAAGCUAUUGAAAUCUUCAAUACGAUGCAGACAGAGAAUGUGAGGCUCGACGAGGUGACAUUUGUUAAACUUUUAAAUGCGUGCACACAUGGUGGCCUCAUCGAUGAGGGGUGCUCUUACUUUCUUUCAAUGAAAAAGGAAUGUGGCUUAGAGCCUCGAAUUGAGCACUAUGGGUGCGUAGUCGAUCUCUUGGGUCGAGCAGGUCGUCUUGAGGAGGCAAUAGAGGUGAUUGAAGGGAUGAAUCAAGAACCCGACGAUGUGAUAUGAGGCGCGCUCUUAAACGCAUGUAGAAUGCAUGGUAAUGUGGGAUUAGCUGAGAGUGCAGUCCAUCGACUGAUGGAGCUCGACCCAGGUAAUGGCUCAUAGAUGGUGCAACUAGCAAACUUGUAUGGGGAGAAGGGGAAGUGGGAGGAGGUGGGGAGGUUGAAGAGGUUAGUAAGAGAUAGGGGCCAUGGAGAAGACGCCUGGUUGUAGUUGGAUAGAGGUGGAUGGGGAGGUUGUGGAGUUUUACGCAGCUGAUGGGGUGAUGAAUGGGAGAGCUGAGGUGGUUUAUUCUGUGUUGGAGCUUUUGGUUUGGCAGCUGAGAAAUGCAGGGCACAUGCCUGAUUUGACCUCAAGGUAGUGCGACGCAAUUUGGCGGAGUCUGGAUUGUUUUGUUCUUUUGGUAUGAACACUUUAUGAUUCUUCGUGGAAGAUAAUUGUGGUUUGUUAUUGAUGAAUGUUUACCUUUCCCUUACAUCCCUUGGGGGUAUUCUUCCAUAGCGAUUCAGCGAGGCACACAUAUCUUUCUCUCUAUCUUACUACUUGGGAUUGUAACCUUGAUGUCUAAGUGGGUGUUGAUGAGGAGCUUCCAUAAUUUGACUGAAAGUAUUCCUGGUCCACAGGGACUCACCAUGGCACCUUUAGGACCCAAGUUUUGGGAUUUUCAUCAGUGCAUGACUUGGUCAAGCUCAGAUAUGAAGUUGAUAAAACGACUCAAAGAAACGCAGUGUUGUGGAAUUGUAUGAUGUCUGGUUCAUUCGCGAAAUGGCCACUAUGAAGAAUCUCGGAGGUUUUAUUCUGGAUUCUUAAGCGAGAACUUAAGACCCAACGAAAGAACUUUCUCAAUUGCGCUAUCGAGUUGUGCAGAGACAAGAGCUCUAAUUCAGGUUAAGCAAAUUCAUGGGCUACUGAUAAAGACUGGUUUUUGUGGAUAUGUUUAUGUGGGUACUUCUCUGAUCACCUUUUAUUCUAAGAGCAGAGAUCCAGAGCCAUUAAAGAUAUGAUGGCUUUGUUUAUAAGAUGGCUUGCAAACAAGAUUUCAGAGCCAUUAAACCUAUGGUUAUUAGUGCUUUCAAUACUUGUGCAGGCCUAAAAUUGUUAAUUUGGGUAUGGCAAUUCAUGGAUUUAUUUUGAAAAUUGGUUUGAAUUUUGAUGGGAUUCUGCAGUCUUCCAUUAUAACCUUUUAUGUGAAGUGUGUGCCUAUUGAGGAAGCAAGAGUUGAGUUCGAAAAGAUGCAGGUUCAGUCCAUUGGGUCAUGGAAUGCCAUUAUCAGUGGAUAUAUAAACAAUGAUAAAAUAGAAGAGGCAUGGGAAUUGUUUAAUGACAUGCCUGAACCAGAUUCGUUAUCAUGGGACAUGUUGAUUAAUGGCUAUGGUAUGAUAGAGAAUAAGUGUAUUGAUGAUGCAAAAAGAUUUUUUGAGACGCUGCCUGAAAGGGAUACAGUUUCUUUUACGGUUAUGAUCAAUGGGUUGGUACAAGAGGGAAAUAUUGAAGAAGCUGAAGAUUUCUUCAAAAGUAUGCCCGAGAAAAAUGCCGUUGCUUACAAUGUCAUGAUCGAUGGUUUUACUCGUCAUGGUAGAUCGGUAGAGGCUCAGAUGCUCUUUGAAGACGUGAAAGAACCUGAUAUCUUGUCUUGGCCUUCAAUGAUUGGUGGCUACAUGAAUUUGGGGCAUUAUGAGUGUGCAUUGGAACUUUAUAACCGAAUGAUUUUGACUGGCUUGUACCCCACCGAGUCUAUUUUAACCAGUAUUUUGACUGCUUGUGCAAGUUUGUCUCAACUAAAAUUUGGCCAUGAAAUUCAUGUUCUGAGUAUCAAAAUCGGGUUACAAUCAUACUCGAUUGUCGCUAAUUUGCUGAUUAAUAUGUAUUCUAAAUGUGGGGAUAUAGUGAUUGCAGCGUCAAUAUUUAAUAGAAUGGAAAACCGAGGGUAACUUGGAAUGCUUUGAUAGGUGGAUAUUCAGUGAAUGGGAAUGCUCAAAAGGGCAUUGUAGGUUUUGAAAAGCUUGUAUCCAUGGAGAUAAAACUAGACUCUGUGACUUUUCUUAGUCUUUUGUUGGCUUGCAGCCAUGCAGGUCUGGCAAAACGAGCUUGGAACCACUCUAGCAUUAUGAACCCAAUUUAUGGAAUUAAGCCUGAGAAAGGACAUUAUGGAUGUAUGGUUGAUCUUCUCUCUCGUUUAGGAUUAGUUGUCGAAGCAGAGAAGUUGGUUUCGUCCAUGCCUUUUGAACCCGACUCUGUUGUUUGGACCUCACUGCUUAACGACUGCAAAGCAGAACCCAAGUUUGAUAUUGCCCAAAGAGCAGCUGACAAGCUAAUAAAAGCAAAAUCUCGAGACCCAGGCCCAUAUUUGCAGCUCAUAAGCCUUCAUGGAUCAGAAGGUAGAUGGGUCCAUACUGAAAAUGUAAGUGAUAAUAUGGAAAAAAAGAAGGUUUGAAAGAGACCUGGGUGCAGCUGGAUCGAGAUCAAUGGUGAGAUGCACCAUUUCUAUGCUUCUGAUCAAUCGCAUUCAUUGAAUCAAGAAUUGCAGACCCAUUUGAGAACACUCAUAUCUGAUAUAAAAAAACUGGGUUAUGUUCCAUACUCCAGUCUGGUGAUGCAAGAUUUGGAGGAUCAAGAGCAGGAGGAGGUCCUUAUUCUCGCUUAGCGAGAAGCUCACAAUUGCUUUGGGGCUUCUCAAACAGGCAAAUUCAAAGCCUAUUAGGGUAAUUAAGAACCUCCCGGUUUGUGUUGAUUGCCACCCAGCAAUUAACCUUAUUUCAUUGAGCAGUGGGCGUGAGAUUAUCAUGAGGGAUGCACUUAGGUUUCAUCAUUUCAAAGAUGGGUCUUGUUCAAGCUCGGAUUACUGGUGAUGCAUAACUUCUAUUCCUUCAGGUGUAUAUUGGGGCUUAAGUUCUUAGCCCAAGCUCUUCAAAAGCAUCAUGUUGUAUACUGUUUCGACUUUAAUGUGAAUGAUUUCCACCGACUUGAUGCAUGGAUAUGAGAAAAAAUUGGAUUUCAAGUUUUA